AUGGCGAGAGGCAUUGAAGGCAACGAGAUGGGCACUGCGAAGAGAAAGACGAGCACUCCGAGCACGCAGAAGUCGGGAACGAAACAGCAGGGCAUCGCCAGCUUCUUUCAGAAGAGGACGCCGUCGUCUGUCACUCCGGCCAAACGACCGUCAGACGCCAGCGAGACGGCGACCGCUUCGAAGCCACCGCGAUCGAGCGCGGACAUCACGCCAGCAGCAUCGAGUGUGGUCGGCGAUGCGUCGAGUCCCCAGACUGCACCUGUACGCUCUCAACAGAGCUCUGUAGACGAUCAGACGAACAAGGAGAAUGAGACGCCAGGCAUCCUGUACUCGAGCCCGUCGCGGAAGGUCAAGAAGCAGGUCAACUAUGCCGAGUCGGACGGAGAGGAGGACGAAGACGAGGUGUUUAAGCCACUCUCUGGCAACAGACGUGCUGCGAAGCGGAGACGGAUCAGUGUCAAAGAUGACUCGGACGAUGAGUUUGGCUUCGACGCGGCUACGCAGGAUGCAAUGGAGAGUAAUGAUGACAUGGACGACUUUGUCGUUGCGGACGAUCUUAGUGGUGAUGAGAAGCCAACGAAGAGCAAGAAGCGAGCUUCUGCGUCGUCCUCUCGCAAAGCCUCCGUCAAACCUCCUUCGCCUCCGCAAGAAGAGAGUGAGGAAAUUCCUACUACGUCAACAGCCCAGCAGUGGAAGUAUGACCCAGAUGCUCCACCGCCGACCGAGCCUCGUCAAGCACCGAAACAGAGCAAGAAGACUGGAAUGAAUGGUCAAAAGCAGAAGGCUCAUAUGACCGAGCCCGAGAAACGACAUACCUGGCUUGCACACCCAAUCGACGCAGACCGCAAUCCUCCGGACCACCCCGAUUACGAUCCUCGAACCCUCUUCAUCCCAGCUUCAAGCUUCCAGGGCCUCUCACCGUUCGAGAAGCAGUAUUGGGAGAUCAAGCAGAAGUUCAUGGACACCAUCGUCUUCUUCAAGAAGGGCAAGUUCUACGAACUGUACGAGAAUGACGCCACUAUCGGACAUCAGCUGUUCGACUUGAAGCUGACUGACCGGGUCAACAUGCGGAUGGUAGGUGUGCCAGAGUCCAGUCUGGAUAUGUGGGCGAACCAGUUUGUGGCCAAAGGCUUCAAGAUUGCGCGAGUGGACCAGAUGGAGACUGCGCUUGGUAAGGAUAUGCGGGAGCGUGACGAGAAACUCAAGAAGAAGGAAGAAAAGGUCAUCCGGCGGGAGCUGGCAUCUGUGCUCACUGGUGGCACGCUUGUUGAUGGCGGCAUGCUGCAGGAUGAUAUGGCCACUUACUGCGCGGCUAUCAAGGAGACGGAAGUGGACGGGCGUCCUGCUUUUGGCAUCGCCUUUGUCGACACUGCCACUGCUCAGUUCCAUCUGGCCGAGUUUGUUGACGACGCUGACAUGACACGAUUUGAGACCUUUGUCGCUCAGACCCGGCCUGGUGAGCUGCUGCUCGAGAAGGGCUGCGUGUCCAGCAAGGUGGUUCGCAUGCUCAAGAACAACACACCUCCAACCACCAUCUGGAACUAUCUCAAGUCAGAUAAAGAGUUCUUGACCGCGGAGAAGACCAGGAUGAAGAUUGAUGGAGAAGGCUACUUUGACAAGGCUGUUGAAGACUCGGAGGACACCUGGCCGGCGGUUCUCCGUGAAGCAAAGGAGAAGGAGCUGGUGUUCUCUGCUCUGGGAGCGCUAGUGUCGUAUCUCAGUCUGCUCAAGAUCGAACGGGACCUCAUCACAUGUGGCAACUUCUCCUGGUACGAUCCCAUCCGAAAGGCAUCAACCCUCGUGCUAGACGGACAGAGCUUGAUCAACCUCGAAAUCUUCGCCAACACAUUCGAUGGGAGCACAGACGGCACCCUCUUCACCAUGCUCAACCGUUGCAUCACGCCUUUCGGCAAGCGAAUGCUCCGGCAGUGGGUUUGCCAUCCUCUGGCGGAUCCAGUGAAGAUCAACCAGCGGCUGGAUGCGGUUGAUGCUCUAAAUGCCAACGAUGUCCUGAUGGACCGCUUCACGGCGUCCCUGUCGAAGUUGCCAGAUCUCGAGCGACUCAUCUCACGGAUCCAUGCCGCACGCUGCAAACCGCAGGACUUUGUGCGUGUACUGGAGGGCUUCGAGCUUAUUGAGUACACCAUGUCGAUUCUGGGCUCACUUGGCAAAGGCGAGGGUGUAGUCGGCCAGCUGAUCGAAGCGAUGCCUGAUCUGUCUGCUGCUUUGCAUCCCUGGAAGGACGCUUUCGAUCGUGAGAGAGCGAGAGAGGACGGAUUGUUCAUCCCGCAGCCUGGCGUUGAGGAGGAAUUCGACGAGAGCCAAGAGUGCAUCGACAAUAUUGAAAAGUCCCUCAACAAGCUGCUCAAGCAGGCCCGCGAAGACCUCGGAUCAAGCGCCAUCAAGUUCACAGACAACGGCAAGGAGAUCUACCAACUUGAAGUACCAAUCAAGGUACGUGGUACCAUCCCGAAGAGUUGGAAGCAGAUGUCUGCUACGAAGGCCUGCAAGCGAUGGUAUUCGCCUGAGCUCGAGAGCCUGGUGCGAGAUCUCAAAGAGGCACAGGAGAGUCAUGGCCAAGUUAUCAAAGCUAUGGGCCGCCGCAUGUUCGAACGCUUCGACAAGGACUACAAAACUUGGCUUAAAGCGACGAAGAUCGUGGCGCAACUCGACUGCCUGAUCUCGCUUGCAAAGGCUUCCACCGCGCUCGGCUCGCCAUCCUGCAGACCUGAGCUCAUCGAGGACGACAACGCUCGGAGUGUCCUCGAGUUCGACACUCUCCGCCACCCCUGUAUUGAGACGACAACCAACUUCAUUCCGAACGACAUCACCCUAGGCGGCUCAGACCCAUCAAUCACCCUCCUCACCGGCGCCAACGCAGCCGGCAAGUCCACCAUCCUCCGCAUGACCUGCAUCGCCGUCAUCCUCGCCCAAGUCGGCUGCUACGUGCCCUGCGUGUCCGCGCGCAUGACGCCCGUCGACCGCAUCAUGUCGCGCCUCGGCGCCCAGGACAACAUCUUCGCCGGCCAGAGCACCUUCAUGGUCGAGCUGGCGGAGACUAAGAAGAUCCUCGCCGAAGCCACGCCGCGCUCGCUCGUCAUCCUCGACGAACUCGGGCGCGGGACGAGCAGUUAUGACGGCGUGGCGGUCGCGCAGGCGGUGCUGCAUCAUAUCGCCACGCACAUCGGCGCGCUGGGGUAUUUCGCUACGCACUAUCAUUCCCUCGCCACCGAGUUCCAAGCGCACCCUGAGAUUGCGCCGAAGCGGAUGGCCGUGCAAGUCGAGCACGACAUCCGGGACGUCACGUUCCUCUACAAGCUGGAGGCUGGAGUGGCGGAGGGGAGUUACGGCAUGCACUGCGCCGCCAUGUGUGGCAUCCCGGAUAAGGUUAUCGCGCGGGCGGAGGAGGCGGCGCAGAGCUGGGAGCACACGGGCAGGAUACGGGAGAGUGUGGAGAAGGCGAGGGAGAGUACGUGGAUGCCGCUGGGGCUGUUGAGUGAUUUGAGUCAGAUGAUGAAGGGUGGUGGGGUGGUGGAGGAGGAAGAGGAGGAUGGGAAGGGUGUGAGUGAGAGGAGUUUGGAGGUUAUGCGGAGGGCUAUUGCUGCGCUGUGA